AUGUGCAUUUUCUUCAGAUUUUUGGAUGAAUUCUUGGAAGGAAAACCCUCUUCAUGUUACUGCAAAGUGGAGCAAGAAAAAGGGGCAGAAAUUCUUGAAAUUGAUGAAGAGAGUGAGUUGUCUGAAACUAUUCAUGGGAGGAAAAAUGUUUUCAGGGAAAUGGGAUUCCUCAGAAUUCCAAGAAUGUGGAAAAAUGAUGAAAAAUUUUGUGCGGGGAAGAGGAAUAGGUGGUCGGAUUGUGGGUGUGAAUCUUGUGUUUCUUGGAUGAUCAAUGGCAGUAAUUUGAAGCUUCAUGUUGUUGUCAAAGAACCAGAAAAAGCCAGAUUGGAGCACUAUUCCGAAGAAAAAGCAGUCGAAAAUGUAAUAUUUAUACACGGUUUCUUGUCCUCUUCCUCUUUCUGGACAGAGACAGUGUUUCCUAAUCUUUCUGAGCAUAUAAAGCAAAACUACAGGUUGUUUGCCAUAGACCUAUUGGGAUUUGGGAAAAGUCCAAAACCAAGAGACUGUAUGUAUACCUUAAGGGAUCACCAACAGAUGAUUGAGACAUCAGUUAUCGACCAAUUUCAGCUGAAUUCUUUCCAUGUGGUUGCGCACUCCAUGGGUUGUGUGAUUGCAGUUGCACUAGCUGCAAAAUACUCAGAAUCUGUGAAGUCAAUCACUUUGGUGGCACCGCCUUAUUUUUCAUCUUCAAGAGAGGAUGCUAGUUUAGCAGCACUUAGACAACUUGCUGCAAGACGAAUAUGGCCACCAUUACUGUUCGGUUCAGCUCUUAUGUCUUGGUACGAGCAUUUAGGGCGAUGUGUGUGUUUCCUUUUUUGCCGGAACCACAAGACAUGGGAACAGAUUCUUAAAUUACUCACUCGGAGAAGGGAUCUACCAUUUAAAGUCAUAGACUUUACGCGACAUACUCAUCAUUCUGCGUGGCAUACAAUGCAUAACAUAAUAUGUGGCGGAGCAAAAUUACUUGACAAGUAUUUGGAUUCUUUGACGAGUUCCGGAGUUAAAAUCCAUGUUGUCCAAGGUAACAAGGACCAGGUUGUCCCUCUGGAAUGCAGUUACAACAUGAAGAUGAAGGCUCCAUAUGCAGAACUUAGUAUUAUACCAAACGCUGACCAUAAUACUAAGGAGUUGAUACUGUACUCAGAUUUAUUUGACCACUCCUUUGGGAUUCCCUUCUUUGGUCAGUUCUUGUCUUGCAUUAUGGACUUCUUGCAAACAUCUGAAGGCCAAUUAUAUGUGGGUGUUGCUAUUGGUCUUGUUGCUGUUGGUGCUGCUGCAUACUUUUUAUUUUCCUCCAAGAAACCCAAAGUGUGCUUGGAUCCCGAGAAUUUUAAGGAGUUUAAGCUUGUGAAGAAAACGCAACUCAGCCAUAAUGUGGCAAAAUUCAGAUUUGAACUUCCUACACCCACAUCUGUGUUGGGACUUCCUAUUGGACAGCACAUUAGUUGCAGGGGUAAAGAUAGUCAAGCUGAAGAGGUCAUUAAACCGUACACUCCAACAACCUUGGAUUCUGAUGUUGGAUACUUUGAGUUAGUUAUAAAGAUGUAUCCACAAGGAAGAAUGUCCCAUCAUUUCCGAGAGAUGCGUGUAGGUGAUUAUCUGUCUGUUAAAGGGCCAAAGGGUCGCUUUAAGUAUCAAACUGGCCAAGUGAGAGCAUUUGGAAUGCUUGCUGGAGGCUCUGGCAUUACACCAAUGUUCCAGGUUGCUAGAGCUAUUCUUGAAAACCCAAUUGACAAAACAAAGGUGCAUCUGAUAUAUGCUAACGUUACAUUUGAGGACAUACUUCUAAAGGAAGAAUUGGAUAGCCUUGCUACUAAUUACCCUGGUCAAUUUAAGAUUUACUAUGUACUGAAUCAGCCUCCUGAGGUGUGGAAUGGUGGUGUCGGGUUUGUUUCCAAGGAAAUGGUUCAAGCUCACUGCCCUGCACCGGCGUCUGAUAUUCGGAUAUUGAGAUGUGGACCGCCUCCUAUGAACAAGGCCAUGGCUGCUCAUUUAGAAGCUCUUGGAUAUACCUCAGAGAUGCAAUUCCAGUUUUAA